ACGAUGGAUGCAAUACCAUGCCUUCUGUUCGUCCUCCUGUUCGGGACAAGGGUACAAGAAAAUAACGCCCUCCAGUGUUACUGUGACCGCUGCAGUGCCAACUCCAGCUGCACGACAGACGGCGUCUGUUUCGUCGCCAUCCGCAAGUCGGGCGGUCGGCUUACCACCGAGCAGCGCCAGUGCGUGCACGAAAACGAACUGAUCCCACGAGACCGGCCCUUCAUCUGUGCCCCGUCUGUCAAACAUGACACGGGCAUUUUCCCCAUGUGCUGUACCACGGACUACUGCAACAAAGAGCCCAACCUCGAAGUCUUCCCUGUGCCCACAGUAAAGCCUCCUCCACUGGGCCCCGUGGCCCUCGCAGCAGUGAUCGCCGGCCCGGUGUGCGUGCUCUGCCUGCUACUGGUCUUGGCGUUCUAUGUUUGCCACAGCCACAGGGGUCUGGGGGCCGGGGGAGCUGGGGCCCAUCACCACCACCACCACCGGGUGCCCAAUGAAGAGGACCCCUCCAUGGACCACCCCUUCAUCACUGUCGGAACAACGUUGAAGGACCUCAUCUAUGACAUGACCACCUCGGGCUCUGGAUCAGGUCUGCCACUGCUGGUCCAAAGGACGAUCGCCAGGACCAUCAUCCUCCAGGAGAGCAUCGGGAAGGGCCGUUUCGGGGAGGUGUGGCGGGGUAAAUGGCGCGGCGAGGAGGUGGCAGUGAAAAUCUUCUCCUCACGGGAGGAGCGCUCCUGGUUCCGCGAGGCUGAGAUCUACCAGACGGUGAUGCUGAGACACGAGAACAUUCUGGGCUUCAUCGCUGCCGAUAACAAAGAUAAUGGGACGUGGACUCAGCUGUGGCUGGUGUCUGAUUACCAUGAGCACGGCUCGCUGUUCGACUACCUGAACCGCUACACAGUCACUGUGGAGGGCAUGAUCAAACUGUCCCUGUCCACAGCCAGCGGCCUCGCCCACCUUCACAUGGAGAUCGUGGGAACACAAGGGAAACCUGCUAUCGCACACAGAGACCUGAAGUCAAAGAACAUUCUGGUGAAGAAGAACGGGACCUGCUGCAUCGCCGACCUGGGUCUUGCUGUCCGCCACGACUCGGCCACCGACACCAUCGACAUCGCUCCAAACCACAGAGUGGGAACCAAAAGGUAUAUGGCUCCGGAGGUCCUGGACGACUCCAUAAACAUGAAACACUUUGAGUCUUUCAAGCGAGCUGACAUCUACGCCAUGGGCCUGGUCUUUUGGGAGAUCGCCAGCCGCUGCUCUAUGGGAGGCAUCCACGAGGACUACCAGCUGCCCUACUACGACCUGGUCCAGUCAGAUCCAUCAGUGGAGGAGAUGAGGAAGGUUGUGUGUGAGCAGAAGCUUCGGCCUAACAUUCCCAACCGCUGGCAGAGCUGUGAGGCCUUGCGGGUGAUGGCGAAGAUAAUGAGGGAGUGUUGGUAUGCCAACAGUGCCGCCCGACUCACCGCUCUCCGAAUCAAGAAAACCCUGUCUCAGCUCAGCCAACAGGAAGGAAUCAAGAUGUAGACACAGCUACCAAACACACACACACACACACACAUGCACACACACCUCUGACUGGCAUCCAUAUCGUUAGCAUUACAGCAUUACUAUCUUCAUUAUUAUUCAUCGACUGUUCCUCCCCUUUGGGUUGAAGGGAAGCGAAGACUUCCCCCCCCCCUUGUGCUCUUUUUAUUUUCUCAUCCCAUUUCAUUCAUCAACAAACUGCUGAGUCCUGCACAUGAAACUGAGGAACCGUGUGUGUAUGUGUGUGUCUCACUGGGCUGCCACACACACAUGAAUGGCUGGAUGGAUCUAAUGAGGGAUGGUUGUGCCUGAAGGGGAUAACAGAGGCAUUAAAGGAAGCCUCCCCUCAUUAUCCUCCAUCUUCCUUUACUACAUUCAACACAUGAAGUCUCUGAAAGACCCAUCGGGGCGAUUGGUGUCCAUCUCAACUCCCGCCUCCACCACUCAUUACAUCAGCAACCAAUAAGAGCUCAGACCCCUCAGGUAGAGAUAAGGCCAGCCAGGCAGCUGGGAAUCACCUGGGAGGCCUCUGAGCUGCCGGAUCAUCUUCACCAUCACCCGCUCAUUUGUAUAUUAGCAUUUCAUUCUUGUCUUCAGAGUGUUAAGCUACUCUUCAGUAGGGCUGCAAGUUGCUCAUUUACAUCUCUAAAUAAUGAUUUGAAUCAUGGAAAAUCUCCGACCAUUGGAGUCACUAAAAUGUGUUUAAAAAAUCCAAAUGGAACUUUUGGAUUGAUCCAAGCCAUGUGAUCUGUCAGUACAUAGUUUAUUGAAUGUAACUAUGUGCACCGCCCCACACUCACUUACAGUGAGGGGUGUACUCACAUGCAGUUUAAUAUCAACAUGUAGAACAUUUCCAUACCAGUUAACCUGUUUGUCAUGUCUUUGACAAGCAGGCGUUUUUCUUGGGAAGUACAUUUUCCAUUUUGCUAAUGUGCGCUGCACAUUUGGUUCAACAUGCUUUUGAAAUACACAGAACAGUGGAGAGAUUUUUCUCGCAGAUUCACCUGAAGCAAUUGUUUAUCUUGGCCACUGGUCUACUGCUAGAGAAGGGAACAGCAGAAAAAAGCUCUGACAUUUACCGGCUGUCAGAAUCCUCUUAAUCUCCGAGCUGACAGUGACUCGGCCAUCAUCAAAAGUAUUUCAGAGAUUCGACAAAGAAAACUGAUGUGAAGCUGUUUGCAGUCCUACUCUGGAGUUGUGUUACAGUAGCAUUGGGAACUGAAGCUUGGACCUGGGGGUCAUGGGACAGUCUGUAAGCCGCCCUGUGGGGUCCAGACAAACAACGGCUUCAUCUGUUCUUCGUCUAGUCAAGUUGUGAGCAGAACCUCUCAUCUCUGCAACAAUUUUGCACCUGUUUUUUUUUUUGUUUUUUUUUUUUUCAUUUGUUACUGUUGUGUGUCCCCGUCUCCCUCCGUACGGUCGGGGAGGCGGACAGGUCAGUUUAAUUUAUUGUGUUUUUUAAAUUUUCUUUCUGGUGGCAGGGGAUCUUUUUUGCAAGACUAAACUGGACAUGAUGACCUCAUUCAUUUUUGGCGAACAUGCUGCAACAUAUGCAAUAUACAGUAGAUAAAUGUGUCUAUUUUCUAUACUCUGCUCUGCUAAACCACAAACAGCAAGAACUACAACACCAACAACAAUCAGCUGCCACCAUGCCUUCCAAGCCAGCUGUUACCGGAAAGUGCCAGUGCUUUAACAACCCAACUCCUCUCAUGUCGGCUGCUGUGGAGUGUUUGCUCUCACGUGUAUGCAGCUCUGUGCGCGUGUGUGUCAAGAGGAGGCCUGCGGGAGCCAUGCCGAGCAUACAGCAAGCUCGUACUAUGCACACCCAAGAAGUAAGGACGGGAAGCAAGGAGGGACACACACCGCCUACACAGCACCCACAACCCAGCCGACUCUCUGGUGCCAUUUUGUCAAACCCUUCCCCCCUCACCACCUGAGCACCCAGCCACCUCAGCAACAACUCAUCGUACAGCUUCUCCUCCCAGUGGACUGAGUCUGGAAACUGAGCUCCAGCACCUCAAAGUGUGUUUAGUUGGAAAAACGAUGCCACAAACGCUCACGGCGGCUUUGGAAACAAAAAAAAAAAAAAAA